GCGUGUUAUCUCGAGAUAUCUUGUUAUGGCUUCCACAUCCACUGCCAGCUGUUCCAGCUCAUCAAGCACAGAUGGGGGCCAACAGAAGAAGGCAGAUAGAAUGAACAGGCUGAGAGACCUACAGCUCAGGAUGAAUGAGGCGCGGAAGUUAAAUCAUCAAGAGGUUGUUGAGGAAGACAGACGAAAGAAGCUUCCAAAGAACUUUGAUGUGAAACGGAAAAAGAGUGAGUGGGAACAAGCAGAAGAGGAGAAAAGAAAGGAGUGUGAAGAAAGGGGAGAAAACUAUGACAGAGUGAAGCUGCUAGACAUUGGUGCAGAUGAGGCAGAGAGGUGGGAGAGAAAGAAGAAAAAGAAGAACCCAGAUCCAGGAUUUUCAGAUUAUGAACAGGCUACUUUCAGACAGUACCAGAGACUGACAAAACAGUUGAAGCCAGACGCUGAUGGUUACGCUAGACAGAAAGAGGAGAAAGGUGAGAUGUUCUACCCUACUGUAGACACACUGGGGCUUCAGCAACACAAAGACUCAGAGGAUGCUGUGGACAGAAUGGUGGAAGACCUAGAAAAACAAAUUGAUAAGCGCUCCAAAUACAGCCGCCGGAGGACGUUUGAUGAGGAUGCUGACAUCGACUACAUUAACGAGAGAAACAUGAAAUUCAACAAGAAGCUGGAGCGUUUCUAUGGACCUUAUACUACUGAGAUCAAACAGAACUUAGAGAGAGGAACUGCUGUGUGAAAUGUUGGCUGCUAACUACAGCAUCUGGCUGGAUUGUGUACAGAAUAUUAUAUAGGUCAUGUUCAACUAU